GUUAGGCAGUAAAAAACAAAAACGAAACGAAAGCGACUGUCGUUCGAUUGUGAUUGGUUGAGAGACUGACGUCUGACGUCACGCGUUAAAACCGUAGGCAGUAACACGCACGAAAGACGAAAGACGAAGCGUCGUCUAUCGUCUAUCGUUUUUCGACCAAUUCCUUUGAAAUUCUUAGGCAGUAACACGAAAUGACAUUUCCAAUCGUUUUAAAAGCGACACGAUCGUUCGUUUUUGAGACGAUCGACAAAGGUGUCUCGUUUUGCCGCGAAGUCAACCGAAUCAACUUUAGUUAAAUAUCUUAAACUAUUAUUAAAUAUUAAAUAAAACUUCUAAGAUAUGUCUCGCAUGUGGACCGCCUUGAUGUUAGAAGCUGCAGAUGCCGAAGCUAAAAAGAUGUCUCGGCAGCGUAUGCUUCUACAAAGAUUAAAGAAUCGCGAACGGUUACUCCAAAAAAUUCCGGAGUGGCAGUUUAGAGCUCAUUACAGGCUGAAUAAGGAAGAGUUCCACUCGUUGUGUGACGAGCUCAGGCACAAUACCAGUUUAAAAGGUUCGAAAACAACUUCACUGGAACUUAAGGUGCUGACAGCAUUGAACUUUUAUGCCAUGGGUUCAUAUCAGAAAGGUGUUGCUAAUGAGGUACAUAUGAAUCAAAAAAGUGUAAGUCGGUGUAUCAGAGAGGUGACAAAAGCUCUGAAUGAGAUUUCAAAUAAAUGGAUACAAUUCCCACAAACAAGCACACAAAGAACUAAAAUUAAGCAAGGGUAGGGGUUACUAUAUAUAACUUCCGUCAUUUUAUUUUUAUUACCUUGAGCACAUACAACUACUUACAAAUAUUAUU